AUGACUAGCCCAGGAUGCGUCAAAGAUGUGCAGCGGCUCGCUGGGAAACUUACGGCUUUGUCCCGGUUCCUCGGAGCCUUGGCAGAGAAGGCCAUCCCAUUCUUUAACCUAAUGAAGAAAGGGAUCGCCUUCGAAUGGACUCCGGCGUGCGAAGAAGCAUUCCACCAUUUCAAAAAGAUACUAUCAGAACCUCCCGUGCUCAGCAAGCCCAGAGAAGGAGAACUGCUGUACCUAUAUCUAGCGGUGACCACACAAGCCAUGGCGGCAAUCCUCGUCCGAGAAGAAGACAAGACUCAACACCCAAUAUACUUCAUCAGCAAAGUACUCCAAGGGGCGGAGUUGAAGUACACCAAGCUGGAAAAAUUGGCCUACGCCCUACUAACCUCGUCUAGAAGGCUAAAACAAUACUUCCAGGGGCACGUGGUCAUCCUGAGAACCGACCAGGCCAUACGGCAAGUCCUUCAAAAACCCGACCUUGCAGGGAGAAUGAUGGCAUGUGCAGUAGAGCUGUCUCAAUACGACCUGCAAUACGAGCCCGGGCAGGCAAUCAAAGCCCAAGCACUGGUGGAUUUCCUGGUAGAAGUCACGGGAGAGGCACCCGACAUACCGAGCACACGGUGGAAGCUCCACGCUGAGUACGAAGCCCUGAUAGGAGGGUUAAUCCUAGCCAAAGAAGUCGGGGCAUCAAGAAUAGAAGUCAGCAGCAACUCCCAGAUCGUCACCUCCCAGAUAAAUACCUGGAGAAAGUACCUGGAGAAAGUAAAAGAGCUAUGCAAAAGCUUUGAGGAAGUCGUGGUUCAACAUGUCUCCAGAGAAAGAAACGCCCAAGCAGACCUCCUCUCCAAGUUAGCAUGCACCAAACCCGGAACGAGAAACAGGUCUCUAAUCCAGGGGCUGACAACUGAACCAGCAGUCAUCCUGUGUGCAACCCAGGCGCCGAGCCCCCCCUCAUGGAUAUACCCCAUCCUCCGAUACUUGGAGAACGGCAAAACUCCCGAGAACGAGAAGGAAGCACAAGCCACCAAGAGGGAAUCCCCCAAGUAUGUGAUCAUACAAGGUCAGUUAUACAAACGAGGGCUCCACCAACCCCUACUCAAAUGCCUACGCCCCGACCAAACAGACUGCGUCCUAAGCGAAGUCCAUGAGGGGUGUUAUGGUCACCACAUCGGAGGAAGGUCGUUAGCAAGAAAGCUUAUCAAGGCAGGAUAUUAUUGGCCCACAAUGAUGUCGGAUGCUCGGGAGUUUGUCAAAAAAUGUAGAAAAUGCCAAGAAAACUCCAACUUCCACAAAGCUCCACCUGAAGAACUCAGUCUGAUGAUGGCACCACGACCUUUCGCCCGAUGGGGACUCAACCUCUUAGGGCCAUUCCCACCCGGGCCAGGGCAAGUAAAAUACUUAAUAGUAGCCAUAGACUACUACACCAAAUGGGUAGAAGCCGAACCACUGGCCAGCAUAUCUUCGGCUAAUUGUCAAAAAUUCAUGUGGAGGCAAGUAGUCACCAGAUUCAGAAUCCCAGAAUCUGUCAUAUCAGAUAAUGGGACGCAGUUCACCGACAAGAAGUUCAAAGAGUUCCUACUAGGACUAGGAAUCAAGCAGAAGUUCUCCUCAGUCGAGCACCCCCAGAGCAACGGCCAGGUAGAAGCAGCCAACAAAUUCAUCUUAAAAGGACUAAAGAAACAACUUGAAGGGAAGAAGGGGUCAUGGGUAGACAAAUUAGCCUCGGUCUUAUGA